GGCUAACGGUGCUACUGUGCGGUAAUCUUCAUACUUCUUCUACUUUGUGCAAUCAAAAAUAAUUUUUUCUUUAUCCAGGCUCAAUUAGCAGAAAUGUUUGAGUUUGUCCUCAGAGCGAUAAAUUUCAUCGCCGGCUUUUUCCGUCUUCUAAGGUGCCUCGGUAGAGGUGACAGUUCUGAGUGCUCCGGAAGAAGUUCACCGAUUCCGUUUGAUGAGGUAGUUUGCCUUCUCCAGAAUCAGGAAGGUCCAAGUUUUCUUGCUACUUCGAGUAUGAGCCCACUCUUUCGCUUCCACGACGAAAACACUGCCUUCAGAAGGGCCGUAGCUUACAAUCCACAGUUUUACGAUGAUGAAAUGUACGAAAUUCUAGAUACAUACGAGGGUUUUACCCGCGAGGUUGAAAUCAAAUGAAGUGAUUGGAAUAUCAUUGUUUACUGAACUAGAUUGCCACUUUUGUCUACUUUGUAUCUUAUUUGGUGGA